AUGCGUGUGUCCGGUGAGAGCGCCCAGCCGCAGCCUUGCGGAACCGCUGAGAGAGCCUGUGGGGGCUUAUUCCACCCUCUUAACCUGUGUGUUUAUGUUAUUGACCUUGCUUCGCCACCACAAGCAUGCAUGGCAUCGCAGAGCGCCUAUGCGACGUUCCCAGACGACGCCUUUGUCGACCGUGGCGAUAUUCUCGCGCGCAUCCACGAGCGAUGCUCGCGCCCAGCAGGUCGUGCCGCACUUAUAGGCUUUGGCGGCUUCGGCUCGCGAUCGAAUACUCACAUCGCUUCCGACAGCAGUCGCCGGACACAUGGAUAUUCUGAGUUCAUGCAAGUAACUCCGCGCGCCUUAAGGAGGCCUACAACGAUAUUGCAAAAAGAGUCGGCUUUGACUUUAAAGCCAAAUGCAGCAGCAGAUGUUCUGCCAUUUGUGCGAAGUUGGCUAAGAGAUGAAGCGAAUGGAAAUUGGCUGCUGAUUAUCGACAACGUCGAUGAUGAGAUCGUGGUCGAGCUCAAGGACGGUCAACAGCUCUCUUUGUCAUCCCUCUUGCCUCAGAGCGACAACGGGGCGAUCCUCGUCACGUCGCGAAGUGCAGACGUUGCGCGGCGGCUCGUGGGCCGCGAGCAGGACAUUGUCGAAGUUGGUGCAAUGAUCAAUAACGAGGCAACGCAGCUGCUACAAGGGAAGCUAAGAGACACUCAGCAGGAUGGCCUAGCCCAGCUUGUCAAGGCUCUCGAUUGUAUUCCAAUUGCUACCAUCCUAGCAGCAGCCUACAUGAACCGAUUAGGGCCACGCAUGCCCGCCAUGAAAUAUAUCGUCGAGCUCGGGGUAGUCGAGAGACGUGUGCAGCUGCUCCAAAACGCGGCUCCGGAUAUGCGGCGGGAUGAACAGGCGCUGAACUCAGUACUUGUGACGUGGCAGAUCUCGUUUAAGCACAUACGCAGCAAGCGGCCGUCGGCGGUAUGCCUCCUCUCGUUCUUGAGCUUCUUUAAUCGACAAGGUAUCCCCAAGUUUAUGAUCCGUCAUUGUCUGGACGAUGAUAGUGAUGCCAAGAUGAUUCACUAUACCAAGGCCUCGAAGCAGAGGCAAAAGAUUUUGAGGAUGACAUGGCAAUCUCCGCGCCUUCUCGUUUGUGGGCACGACGCAACGCGCGGACGAGUUUAA